AUGAAUGAAGUUAUUUCUCAACCUGAAAAGAUGGGAGGGAGACCAGUUCGAGGAUCGCAAGGUCGUAACCUUAUCAACUUUAUGGAUGCUGCGGGGCUGGUGGAUAUUGGCUACAAUGGGUGUAAGUAUACUUGGACUAAUGUUAGGGAUGGAAUGGAGCUGAUUCAGGAGCGUCUGGAUCGAGCUUUAGCCAAUUCUCCAUGGCUGGACAAUUUUCCUCAUACUAAGGUUCACCAUCUUCCUCGUAUACACUCUGAUCAUUCUCCAAUUUUAGUUUCUUUGGAUAAUUGUGCUGUGAAUGGCCCCUUCCCUUUUAGAUGCAAAGAGGUGUGGUUAUCUCAUCCGAAUUUUUCUGAUUAUUUUGUUCAAAAUUGGAAACCUCCUAACAAUGACUUCUUAAAUGGUAGGAAUUGCUUCUUAAAUACUAUUAGUAGCUGGAAUCAUAAUAUCUUUGGGAACCUUAAUAAACAAAAACGAAUCAUCAUAGCUAGAAUUGAGGGAAUACAAAUUGCUCUUAGUAAUAAGUACUCUCGGUUUCUUAUUAAUUUAGAAGCUGAUCUUUUGGCUAAUUUAAAUGAUAUCUAUAAAAAGGAGAGAAUUAUUUGGGCACAAAAGGCGGGUAUUAAUUGGCGUAAAUAUGCUGACUAUAAUACAAAAUAUUUUCAUACAAUAGCAAAGAUUAAAAAAUCAAAAGGAAAGAUUCUAACCCUAAAAAAUGAUCAAAAUGAAUGGGUCACUGAUCAAUUACUUUUAAAGAAUAUGGCUUCUUCUUAUUUUCAGUGUCUUUUUACUUCUCAACAUAUUCAAGGCAAUUUUAUUUUCAAUAAAAAAAGCAACCUAAAACUUACUGAAGAGGAAAUCAAAGAUUUAUCUAUCAUGAUUUCAAUAGAGGAGGUUAGACAUAAUCUCUUUUUUAUGGAUCCUAUUAAGACUCCUGGUCCUGAUGGUAUCCAACCAAUCUUUUUCCAAAAACACUGGAACGAUCUGGGAGCAACCAUUUAUGAUUUUUGUGUUUCCUGUUUUAGGAGUUGUUCAAUUCCUAAGGAGAUCAAUAAGUCCUAUAUAGCCCUAAUUCCGAAAAUUGCUAAUCCAUCUCUUAUUACGGAGUUUAGGCCGAUAGGGCUUUGUAACACUAUUUAUAAAUUAAUCACCAAAAUUAUUUCAUCUAGAGUAAAGUCUAUUUUAAAUCGGAUUAUUAGUCCAUUGCAAUCUAGUUUUAUCAAGGGCCGGGGAAUAGAGGAUAAUGUUAUUUUGGUCAAGGAAAUGGCUCAUCAUUUUCAUAAGGCAAAAAAGAGGAAUAAAAUUAUGGCGUUAAAAUUGGAUAUUACGAAAGCUUAUGAUAGUUUAGAAUGGGAUUUCAUAAGGGAAACUUUAUUGUUUUUUGAUUUCCCAAAGCUUUUCAUUAAUUUGAUCAUGUCUUGUAUUACCUCAUCUUCUAUUUCUGUUCUCUGGAAUGGAGAAAUUUGUGAUUCUUUCACUCCUUCCAGGGGAAUUAGGCAAGGAGAUCCUCUAUCUUCAUAUAUUUUUGUCCUUUGUUUGGAUAGACUUUCUACUAUGAUUGAAGAUUUGGUUAAUCAGGUAAUGACAUUACUGGAACAAUUUGGGAAUAUGUCAGGGUUAAAAUUAAGUUUCACCAAGUCAACCCUAAUUUUUCCCCAAUCCCUUAAUCAUAAUAUAAGAAGAGACAUAGCUGGAGAGUAUGGCAUUAAAAUUUCUUCUUCUUUUGGUAAAUAUUUGGGGGUGGACAUUAGACCUCAUAAACUAAAAAUUAAUAAUUACAAAGGUCUGUUGGAUAAAACGAUGGAUAGAAUAAGGGGUUGGCAAGCUAAGAUUUUGAAUAUGGCUGGACGGUGCACUCUAAUUAGAUCAGUGCUUAGCUCUUUUCCCCUUUAUGCCAUGCAGACUUCUCUAAUUCCUUCCACCAUUACCUAUGCUAUUGAAAAAUGUUGUAGAAAAUUUUUAUGGAACAAGGUGGAUAGAAGUAAAUAUAUGGCAAGAUUAGCUUGGGAUAAAGUUACUCUUCCUACUAAUGUUGGAGGGUUGGGAAUAAGAAGAUUGAAAGAUUGGAAUCUGGCCUUUAUGGCAAAGCUAGGUUGGACUAUUCUUGAUAAACCAGAUAAAUUAUGGGUAAGAAUUUUAAAAGAAAAAUAUUUAAAGAAUUCGAGCCUUUUAAACUCUAUGCCUAAUUACAAUCAAUCUCCCUUAUGGAGAGAUAUUCUAAAGGGCAAUCAUAUUCUUCAAAAGGGUUUAAUCAUAGGAAUUGGCAAUGGUAAGAACACUUCUAUUUGGUAUCAUCAUUGGAUAGGGGAUGCACCUCUUUAUACCCUUGAGGAGAUUAAAAUUCCGGAGUUGAAAGCCCACUGGUUUGUUAAUAGAAUCAUUAGAAAUGGUCAGUGGUAUCUUGAUGAGAUCCAACAUCUUCUUGCUACUCAUAUUAGGGACCUCAUUCUUGCUUACCCUCUUUCAAAUAAUAUGGAUGAAGAGGAUUUUAUAAGAUGGAAGUACUCAAAAAAUGGUGAUUUUGAGAUUAAAUCAGCUUAUCAUAUUCAAUUAUAUGAUCCUUCUCCCACUUCUUUUUCUAACUUUCCUUGGAAAACAAUUUGGAAAAUAAAAUGCCCAUACAAAUACAAAAUGCUUCUUUGGAAUUGCUGUCAUGAAAUUUUGCCAGUAGCUGCAAGUUUAAAUCAAAGAAUUCCGAACAUUAGCCCUAUCUGCUCUAGGUGCCAACAUCAAAGAGAGGACCACUUACAUCUUUUUAGGGAUUGCCCCCAAUCUAGUGUUCUGUGGUCCUUCAUUUUUCAGAGGGUUUGGAACUCUGAGCAUUUCCAGUUCUGUGCUUUUUAUAAUUCAAGUUGGAAGGAUUGGAUUAAUUUCAAUCUCCAUAAUUCUGCUUCUUGGAAAGUAAUUUUUAUUGUUGCUAUUUGGCAUAUUUGGAUCUCUAGAAACAAAGCUGUUUUUGAUCUCAAAAUGAAAAGUGCUUUCUCUCUUUAUAACUCUUUCUUUAUAGACUGGAAUUCUACUAACUUGGCUUUGCAGGGUAAGAGUACAGAUAUCAAAACAAAUCUCCCCCCUAUUAGGAAGCAGUGGAUGCCACCUUUGGAAGGUUAUAUGAAGCUAAAUAUUGAUGGUGCCUGGAAAUCAGGAAAUGUAGCAGGAGGAGGAGGUGUUUUUAGAAGGCACACUGGCUCCUGGUUUGUUGGUUUUUCUACUAAGUUUAGGGUUCACUCUCCUUUGGCUUCUGAACUCUAUGCUUUGAGAGAGGGUCUAAAAAUUGCGAAGAAUUUCUUAAUUGAUAAGUUGGAGGUGGAAACAGAUGCUUUGAACCUUAAGCUCCUGCUGGAUAAAGUGAAAGAUCAUACUCAUCAUGAAUUGGGUCCUGUUCUUAGAGAGGUUACUCAGCUUUUGGGGGAAAACUGGAUCAUUAGUUUUUCUCAUAUUCCAAAGACCUAUAAUAGAGUUGCUCAUGCUUUAGCAGCUCACUCUUUGAUUAUGGUGGUGCAACAUAAGCUUCACUAUAUCAUUCCAUCUUGUGCAAAAGAGGAAUAUGAGGGGGAUUUUGAAAAAGCAAAUCCAGCAUAUGCAGAGGAGAUGAGAAGAAAUGCCCGUGAUCAAGUUCUGGCGAUGUGCAAUGCAAGAAAAGAAAAUGCAGCAAAGAUCAACAAUAUAGCUCAGACUUCUUCAGCUUCAGAAAUUGUCUUCGGUUCCAUAGUUUCUACUAUCAAUCAAGUGAUGCAGGAUAAAGCUUCAGGAAAGGAUGGAAACAGUACAGAUAAAGGAAAAGGAAAGGCUUUUGUUUCAUUUGUUGUUGGUAGUUCAACAAUUCCAAAGGAUAUAGAAAUUGUUGAAGUUGAAGAUGAUGACGAGAACAAUACUGUCACCAACAACUAA